CUCAUGUCUGGUCGCCAUGUUGGAUAUUGUGGCCGCGUAUGAGUUGGACGCCUGGUGACGAGGUGCUCUGGCAUAUCUGAAAUCUAACCUUCACCAGUAACCACCAUUGAUGCUUCAGGACGCAGGCAAGCAACAAGACGACCAGUUCGCUUGCUAAAAGAAGUUCUGAAGAUCGCGAGAAAGAUGUAGCUCUGUUGUAUGCAAAAGGAAAGAUAUCACAGCUAGAAAAUGAAUCUAAACUCUUGAUGACUGAGCGAAAACGAGCGAGAAUUGAAUACGAUAAAGAGAGUGAAAUACAUCAAGCAAACCUAAGAAGAGAGAUUGAAAAGAACUCAGAAUUACAACAACAGUUAAAAUAUGUUGUUGAUGAAGAGAAAAAUGUCAGGGAAGAAUUGAGAAGAACGAGGAAGGAAUUUGAUGAAUAUAAGAAGAAAUCAGAAGAAAGAAUUCAUGGAUUGCAACAACAAAAGAUGAAAAUGAACUCGGAAAUGGAAGGGUGUAAAGAAAGUUCUUGGAGACAACUAGCUGAGACAAGAGAACAAUUGAAAAGACAAGAAACUGAGAAUGUAAUUACUCAGAACAAACUUGAGUAUAGUGAAAAUAAACUGGACUACUACAAGAAGCUCUAUUCAGAAGUGAGUAAGCAUGUCGAAGAACUUCAACAGUCUCAUACAAAAUGUGAAGGAGCUGAACACAGAGUUAAGGAAUUGGAGGAAAAGCUUGCUCGAUGUGAAGAGGCUGCAGAGGUUGCUAUGACAAUGCAGAGUCAAAUCUCCAAAUAUUACAAAAUUGAAUGUGAAAACUCAAAACUAAAGGAAGAAAAUGCUUAUUUAAAGGCUACAAACAAGAGCAAUUUGUUACUCAAAGAAAAACUGUAUGGUUGUGAAAAUAAGUUAAAACGAGCUGAAGAAAAACUCAAAAAUCUUUCUCAAGUUGAAGUUGAAUGUGAAAGACAACGAGCUUUUAUGAGGAAAUGGGAAGUUGAAGGAGUUGAUACCACAAUAGGAUCUCCUGAUGAAUUACUGCAAGAAAUCUCUAGACUUCAGAAAGCUCAGGUCGUGUUAUUGCAAAAGCAUGGACAAGCAUCAACAAGUGCUCGAAUAAGUUCAGAAGGACUACGACUGCAAUCUCAAGAACUUCUGGAUUUGAAAUUGAGGCUCUCUGAUAUAGAAGAAAAAUAUAAGGAAAAGAACGAGCAGAUGAAAAGAUUGAAUAAACUUUUAUCUCUUGUCACCACAGAAAGAAAUGGAUGUAGACGAUUAUUAAGUUCGUACGACAGUGGAGAUUCUACAAAUUAUGCAACACAACUUACAAGUCGCGUACAGCAUGCCGAGGAACAGCUGCAAGCUUGUAAUAGUCACAUUGAGAAAUUGGAGAAUGAUCUGAAGAUGUCCAUUGAGAGAAAUAGCGAAGAGACUAUAAAAUACAACAAGUUAAAGAUUGAAUACGAUGUUCUUAUGAAGCAAAGUGAUGUUGUUAAGGGCCGUCCAUCUAACCUGGAACAGGAGAAGUUGCAAGAAGUAAUUGAAAAGCUUCAGUUGGAAAACAAAGAACUUUUGGAGAAAUUGGAAAUACUUCAGACGAGAAUUGAACAACGAAAUCUACAGGGUGAUUUUGAUCCAAGCAAGGUAAAGGUGGUGCAUUUCUCUCAAAAUCCGUUUACACAUGCGCGUCAAUUGAGAACUGUCGAGGUUCAACAUCUACGAGAUGAAUGCGAAAAAUUGAGAAAAAAAGUUAAAGCUUUAGAAGAAGAUGACAAAUUAAAACCAUCAAAGGUUGAGCAGAUUGUCAUCGAUGAAUCAAGUCCCAGUGAAGUCAGAGACUUACAAGCUCAGGUGUCUAGCGCUGAAAGAAAGAACAAAAGAUUGAAGGAGGUUUUUGCCCAGAAAAUUCAGGAAUUCAGAGAAGCUUGUUAUUCGAUGACUGGUUAUCGUGUUGAUGUCGUUCAGGAUCAGCAAUACAAGUUGCAAUCGAUGUAUGCAGAACGAUCUUCAGAUCAUCUUUUGUUCCAGUGCAAUGCUAAUGGGAAAACAAUGUUACUAGAAACUGAUUUCUCUCUUCGAGUUAAGAAUCUUAUUGACCAAUAUCUAAUGCAGUGUAAUUCAAUACCAGCAUUCCUAAGCAGCGUUACAUUAGAACUCUUUGAAAGACAAACACAAAUGAUGAAUUAACAUAAUCAGAAACGCUUAUGUGAGGAUAAUCUCGUUUUGGUGGGCUUUUUAUCGCGACUCGUGGCCUAUUAACGAAAACUCU